GUCACUGGUAGCAGGAUUCUCGGCCAAGGUUCUACCAGCUGUAUUGCAACCACUUACUCAAACAUUGAAUUUUCUCAACUUUGGAAUUGUAGAUUUUAGUAUGGUUUUACCACUGGAUGCUAACUUUUCGCAAGUCUUCUUUUCUGGAAAACCCACAAUUGCUGGCUAUACGGUUGCUUGUAUGACUGCUACAGUUGUUAAGGAUCAAUAUGAUAAUGAGAUUGAUGUAGUGGUCGAAUUAGACCUUGGCAGUGCUAACUUGGCUGGUGUCAUUGGAGAAAUAGCGCCUUUUGCAUCAAGUAUCCUGAGGCUUUUACCGUUCCUGAAUCAAGAUGUCGAUUUAGCAUUGAUAAUGUCUCCAAAACAUAUAACAGAUCUUAGUUUAUCCAGAGGCAAUGAACAACUAAUCAUAAAUCAAGGCAUCACUAUAAAAGCUGAGAUACCAUUCCCCUCGAGCAGCUCCUGUGGUGCGGAUCCAUUUUGUAAAUUUCUUAGUUUAAUCCUUCCAUCAGACACUGUUUUGUAUUUGGAUUCCACCAUUAUCAAUACAAAUGACUUUCAGUUAAUAGCUAGCCUCACUGGGGAUAUAAGCUUAGGGGGGCUAACGAUAACUCACGCAGGAAUGGAGCUCAGAGUGAGUGAUGAGCACACCAGCAUUGGUAUAAUUGGAAAGAUGUCACUACGAAAUCCUAGGUUGGAUUUUACAAUCAGAUUGUUUUUAUCACAGACUGGCAUGGUGCUAGAAUUGACGGCUGCAGGCUGCUGGCGAGAUGCACUUGGACUACCAAUCAAUAUCUGUAAUGUACGUGGAUCAUUUGGAAUUGGACCUGCUACUGGGAUUACGGAGCUAUCACUGGGAGGAGAGGUUCAUUUAGGAGGAAAAUGUGAUGGGCAAGAUCCAUUAAUAGCAAUUGGAUAUGUCGGAUUGAACACAGUGGAGCCUCAAAAGAACUACUACUAUGCCAGUUUUCCUAAUGGUUUAACAAUUGACUCUCUCCUGCAGAUCUUGUGUAUUCCUAUCAACUCCCUUCCGUCCCCGAUUGCUAAUACUGGAUUUAAACCAGGAUUUACCACUUCUUUUAAUGGUAGUCCACUUCCAAAAGUUUUUCCUGAAAUCGAUUUAUAUAUUCCACCCGGAUUCAAUCUAAAGGGUGCUGUUAACAUUUUCGGCUUUGAAGUGAAAGCAAAUGUAUCGAUAAGUCCAUCUGAAGGGAUGUAUGUAUCUAUUGAGCUUGAACCUCUCGAAGUUGGAAACCUUUUUCGCAUGUAUGCCUCUAGAAGUGAUAGAACCCAUGGACCAUAUCUGACAGCAGACCUCAGAACUAAUGUAGUACCAAAAGUGGAAGCUAGUGGCUACUUAUAUGUUCUUGGUUUUUCUGUUGAAGCAAGUUUGACAAUUACGAAAGAAUCGAUGUCAGCUACCAUUGAAGGCCGCAUUUUGAAUAUUGUUGAUGCAGGAAUAACUGUGACUGCUCCUGUCACAGGAAUAUUUUCAUCGGCAGAAUUUGGAGUAAAAGGAUAUUUUAAAAACUCGUUUUUCAACCAAAUUGAAAGUGCUAUUGAUAAUGCUGCCGAAGGACUAGCUGAUGUAACAGAUGCAGCUGUGGGUGUCGCUCAAGCAGUGUUUGAUACUGCAAGUGAAGUAUUUGAUAGUGCCUCAGAUGGGCUAGCAGGUGCUAGACGGAGUGUGGAUAGACUUCAAGGAAAAUUCGACGGUGCUGUCAGAGAAGUGAACAGAUUAAUACGGAGAGUUGACAGUGUCUGUAGUACCCGAAGAUGUGGAUCAAUUUGUGUCCCCGGUUGUGGCAGAUGUAGCUGCAGUUGGAGGAGGUGUGGUUGUCAUUGCUCAGGCUGCUACUCACGAAUAACUGACCCUGUCUGUAAGGCUGUUAACGUAGCAUGUGAGGUAGUUAAAGCUCCAAUUAAGAUAUUAUUGAUUGCUGCCCGAGAAACAGUGAGGUUGGUUGGUAACAGUCUAGAUAUAGCCAAAGAAGCCUUUCGUGCGGCUGAGCGUAUUGCUGAUGCUGCAAGUCGUGGAUUAACUCAAGCUUCUGAUUCUUUGGAGGAUGUUAAAGAUGCCUUCAGGGAUGGCAUAAGACUAAUUGCUGAAAUUGCCACUUAUGGAUUACAAAAUCUUCUGGUAAUUGAAGAAAUAACAUUCGAAGCAUCACUAGGUACUGCAAAUCUUGGAAGAUUUGAGAUAUCAGUCACUGUAGUAGUCCUCGGUAGCCGACAGACUCUCACACUGAGUAUUGAUCUCAACAAUAUUCUAAGGACAAUUACACGUCCUCUGGCUGGUCUGAUUGGAAAUAAUAAACUUCUUAACAGCAUUGGAUAAAUCUCGACCUCUCUGUCUCUAUAUAUAUAUAAUUAUAUAUACACAAGAAAAAUUUACUCUUAUAGAUCAUAUAUUGAUGCACACAACUGACAUUUUGUAGCUAUACAAGUAUCGUUACACUAUAGUGUUAUGCCUAUUACCCUGUACGUAUAUGUAUAUACACCCCUGCUGACACAAUAUUAAUUUUGUGCAAA